GACGCGCCAGGGCUCGGCUACAAAAGACGACGGCUGCGGCUACUGCACGGAACUUUCCAGAACGCGCUGAGCGGCGGCCGAGCGGCGGCUGCUCCACCGGCGCACGGCUCCGCGCCCCUCGCUGCCUUCCCCACUGCGGCCCAGCCCGCCCUCAGCCUGUAGAAAAUGGUGAAAGAAACCACUUACUACGAUGUUUUGGGGGUGAAGCCCAAUGCCACCCAAGAAGAACUGAAAAAGGCUUAUAGGAAACUGGCUUUGAAGUACCACCCUGAUAAGAAUCCAAAUGAAGGAGAAAAGUUUAAACAGAUUUCUCAAGCUUACGAAGUUCUCUCAGAUGCCAAAAAAAGGGAAUUAUAUGACAAAGGCGGAGAACAGGCGAUUAAGGAAGGAGGAGCAGGUGGUGGUUUUGGCUCCCCCAUGGAUAUCUUUGAUAUGUUUUUUGGAGGAGGAGGAAGGAUGCAGAGAGAAAGGAGAGGUAAAAAUGUGGUGCAUCAGCUCUCAGUUACCUUAGAAGAUUUAUAUAAUGGUGCCACAAGGAAACUGGCUCUGCAGAAGAAUGUGAUUUGUGACAAAUGUGAAGGCCGAGGUGGUAAGAAAGGAGCUGUGGAGUGCUGUCCCAACUGCCGAGGUACUGGAAUGCAGAUAAGAAUUCAUCAGAUAGGACCUGGAAUGGUUCAGCAAAUUCAGUCUGUGUGCAUGGAGUGCCAGGGCCAUGGGGAACGCAUCAGCCCUAAAGACAGAUGUAAAAGCUGCAACGGAAGGAAGAUAGUUAGAGAGAAGAAGAUUCUGGAAGUUCAUAUUGACAAAGGCAUGAAAGAUGGCCAGAAGAUAACAUUCCACGGUGAAGGAGACCAAGAACCAGGACUGGAGCCAGGAGACAUUAUCAUUGUGUUGGAUCAGAAGGACCAUGCUGUGUUUACUCGGCGAGGAGAGGACCUGUUCAUGUGUAUGGAUAUACAGCUGGUUGAAGCACUGUGUGGCUUCCAGAAGCCCAUAUCCACUCUUGACAACCGAACCAUAGUCAUCACCUCUCACCCAGGUCAGAUUGUCAAGCAUGGAGACAUCAAGUGUGUGCUAAAUGAAGGCAUGCCAAUUUAUCGUAGACCAUACGAAAAGGGUCGUCUAAUCAUUGAAUUUAAGGUAAACUUUCCUGAAAACGGCUUUCUCUCUCCUGAUAAACUCUCUUUGCUGGAAAAGCUCUUGCCUGAGAGGAAGGAAGUAGAAGAGACUGAUGAAAUGGAUCAGGUAGAACUGGUGGACUUUGAUCCAAAUCAAGAAAGACGGCGCCAUUAUAAUGGAGAAGCCUACGAGGAUGACGAGCAUCACCCCAGAGGUGGUGUUCAGUGCCAGACCUCCUAAUGGGGCCGGUGGAUAGCGCUCACUGCUGGCACUGGGUGUGCAGGAGUGGAUGCACGAAGGACUGUAAUCAUCACACGCUCACUACUUGCUAUUGUUUUUGUUUCAAUAUUCAAUUAUAGUAGUGUUGUCAAAGUUAAAUGAAGAAUAAAUGCAAAUACAAAAGCCCCGACUUUGCCCUGUAUGUAUGACUUCAGUGUGCAAGACGAAGUUCCAUGCCUGUAAAGAGUACCUAACCCUGGCGUCUGGUAGGCCAUGCCUUGUACUUGAUUCCAGUUGUAUACGUGGACAAGCUUAGACUGAAAUGCUAGGUAUAUGUGUUGACUUUAGAGUGUGACCCUUCAUUGUUCAACUGUGGAUUAAAAUUGUAUUUAACUGGCAAUGAGAAAAGGAAACGGUUCGUGGAAGUGCCGGUGUGUCUGUCUGUGCUAAGUGGGACUCCUUGUGAUGCCUCUGCGUUCUCCUGCCUCAGCUCUUACUUGAAGGUGGCACAAAAUGCAGCCUGUGAUACCAGUGGUAGAGAUGAUACCUCUCUAAAGAAGGGGUUUAUCGCAACAGUGCUGCUUCCUAAGGGCCUGCAUUUCUAGGACGGCAGCCCCUUCUGCUGUGCCAUCUUUUCAAAUAUAUAUAUAUAUCGAACUGUGUUGCCCAGUCCAGUUACGUGGUUUUCCCUUCUCUUUGGACCGUGAUAAGCCCCUGCUGCGACUUCAGAGCUGGGCAGCUUUGAAGUUAGCGUGAAGAGACCACUCGGAAAGGAAAUUUGCAUGUGUAAUGUACGAGAGCGCUCCUUAUGUAUGUUCUAGGCUUACUUUAACCCAUUUGACGUAAUGCUCCAAAGUAACUGUAAUUAAAUGGUGAUAGUAUAGCAAAUUACGAAUAGCUUUACUUGUAUGUCUAAAAAAGUCAUGUUCACAUGCUUAAAAUCUGGGUAUCAGAGUUUAAGCAGUUGUUGAAAUGUAUGAAUGUCUCCUUAAUAUACUGAUUACAAAGCA